CAAUGGUCCGUGUUUAGUCACUAUUGCGGUGUUUAUGGCUAUUCGCCAAAGGAGACUUGAAUAUGUCAACAAUGCCAUUAUAGCUGAAGUUGAUGCCCGAGCAUACCUUCAUUGACCAUGGACUAAGCUUUGUUUCCUAAGCAAGUAUAGUCUUUGGGUAGCCAAUUAUAAACACCACAAGGAGCAGGUCAAUAAGCAGGCCUUAUGCUCUCAAACCUACAUCCUAGAGCGCACCAAUUAAGGUACAACCUUUUUUCAUUCAAAUGGGCUGCUACUUGUCAAUGGGAUGCUUGUUUCUGGUGAUGUGUGUAGUACACUCGAUGUUUCAGAGUUCUUCAGGCUGCUUUGUGGAUGAGAGGGUGGCCCUCAUGGAUAUUAUCUCUUGGUUCGUGAGCGCAAAGUCCGAGCUUCCUAGUUCGUGGGGGCGUGGUGAUGACUGCUGCUCGUGGGAAGGAAUCAAGUGCGACAAUAGCACACGGCGUAUCUUGCAUCUCGACCUUGAUUAUAUGUACCAGCCAGUCCGUACCUAUGGAAGUGAUGGUUCCGUAUCAAUCGAAGUUAUGGAUGUUCCAUGCUGCAGGAACCUGAACUUGACGGUCUUUUCUUCGUUUCGGGAGCUUGAGCUACUGGAUUUCUCUGGAAAUUGCGCUUGUUUACAAAAUAUCAAUGGUCUUCAAGGAUUGAGUAAACUCAAGUAUCUCAACCUCAAUGAUAACUGGAGUUGGAGAAUCCCAGGAUCUGUCAGCAAUUUCAAUGGAUAUAACACGAGUGGGGCUCUUCAGGACGCAGAUUUCAGUAAUCUCCGAAACCUGCAAGAAUUGCAUUUGAGAUCCAAUCAGUUGAGUGGUAGUCUCCCAGCGUCCAUAUUUGCACUUCCAUGCCUUGAAUAUGUGGAUCUUUCAGAGAACCUUUUUCAUGGGAAAAUACCUAUAAAUUCAUCUUGGAAAUGUUCCUCGUUACUUCAAACUAUCAGGUUAUCUGAAAACAAGCUAAGUGGUAAAUUUGAUUUCUUCUGGCUGAGUAAGUGCAGGAAGCUCGAAUGGAUAGAUCUGUCCAGGAACAGUGAUUUGGUUGUUCAAGUGAAACGGCAUGGUUGGGUACCUAAAUUUCAAUUGAAAAAACUAGUGCUCUCUUGGUGUAACGUUGAUAAGAGCAUCAUUACAGAGCCAGAUUUCCUACGCACACAGAGUCAUCUACAGUUUCUUGAUUUGUCCAACAAUAAUCUGCCAGGAAGCAUACCCAGUUGGCUGUUCGGUAAUGAAGCGACACUAGUUUACCUGGAUCUUGCAAAUAACAAACUAGUUGGGUCAUUAGAUCUGAAAUGGCAACACCAUUCUAACCUUCAAAAGCUGAACCUAUCUCGUAACUUAGUUCAAGGACAGCUGCCAGCCAACAUCAAUUUGAUGUUUCCUGAUCUGAUGAUUCUUGAUGUUUCCCACAAUAUUAUAUCUGGAACAAUACCACCAUCGAUGUGUAACAUUGCCAGCCUAGAAUUUAUGGACCUAUCAAAUAACAAAUUUGCUGGAGAAGUACCAUCUUGCUUGUUCACUGAUUGUGCACAACUAUAUACAUUGAAGCUCUCAAACAAUAGUCUUAAUGGUAAGAUUCUUGACGGGGCCAGUAGCUUGUCUGGUAACCUGGGCGAAAUAUUCCUAGACAGCAACAAAUUUGAAGGGACUCUCCCUAGAAAUCUGUCUGGUAAUAAUAUCCAAAUCAUGGAUUUACAUGAUAACAAGAUGUCCGGAGAACUCGACACUUCAUUAUGGAUUCUUCCUUCAUUGCAAGCAUUGAGCCUUGCUAGUAAUGGUUUAACUGGUGGCAUUCAUCCAGGAAUUUGCACAUUGACAAGUCUUCGGAUGUUAGAUCUGUCAGACAACUACUUUAGAGGGCGUAUUCCAAACUGCAGCAGUACAUCAGCUCUCGUGUUUCUGAGUGUAUCUUGGAAUUCCUUGUCGGGCCUCCCGGGUACCAUUUUCAACAGUUCCUACAUUGCAGUUUUGGAUCUCAGCCAUAACCAAUUCACAGGCAACCUUGAGUGGACACAAAAUCUUUCUGAAAUCAGUGUACUUUUAUUAAGUAGGAAUAAGUUUGAGGGGCAGAUCUCUUCAAAUCUGUGUCAUCUCCAACGCUUGAGUAUAGUUGACAUCUCACACAACAUACUUUCAGGCUCCAUACCACCUUGUAUCGGUGGCAUUCCAUUUGAAGACCUUGAUGCGUACGGUUGGCCCACAGCCGGUACUAGGUCCGGAGAGAAUGACUUCUCAUAUAAGAGGCAAUAUGACCUCAAAGGCUUCACCUUCACAACUAAAGGGAAUCCAUACACAUACGGAAGCAACUUCUUCAUGUCGAUGUCUGGCAUCGACUUCUCUGGAAACAUGCUAUCAGGUGAAAUUCCACAGGAGAUAGGAAAUUUGGGCUAUGUCAAGUCUCUCAAUUUGUCGCACAACUUCUUUACUGGAACGAUUCCUGCAACCUUCGCAAACAUGAGCAAGAUCGAAAGCUUAGACCUAUCAGAAAACAGGCUGAAUGGAUCAAUACCAUGGCAGUUAACGCGGCUAUCAUCGUUAGAGGUGUUCUCUGUGGCAUACAACAACCUAUCGGGAUGUCUACCAGACUCUGGUCAGUUUGGCUCAUUUGAUAUGGACAGUUACAAAGGGAACGACAACCUUAGAUCAUGCACUUCCAGCCAAGGUCCCGUGGUACAGAAUGGUACGGUAGGAAAUGCGGCUGAUGAUUCUGACCCAAUCCUGUACGUCGUCAGUGCCGUUUCAUUCGUCUUGGCAUUUUGGGCCACUGUCACAUUCAUGUUCUGCCAUUCGUUUGGACAGCGUGUUAUUCUCAACCUGUAAUAGGUACUGGUGUGUAAACUGUGCGUGUAUUUGUAAAACUGUGCUAUAUUCUGUUGCUUUGGAGAAACUGCAACUCCAAAGGAGUAUUCCGGUUUCUGUUCUGCUGUAAGAAGGUGAGUAAGUCUCACUGGAAGUCAUUGAAAAUAAACUUGAGAAGAGGUUGGUGUCC